CAACAUUUGAACGUAAUAGUUGUGCGUACUUGUACGAAAAGAUGAAUGAUGAAAAAUUAAUAAUACUCGUGUCAAAAUAUGAGUGUUUAUUUGACAUAACCAAGCCAUCAUAUAGCGAUCGGAUAAUGAAAGACAAUGCAUGGGAGGAAAUUAGCAAAUGUCUCGGAAUAAGUGUGACGCAGUGCCAGGAUCGUUGGAAGAAACUGCGAGAUAACUUCAGAAAAGCCUAUUAUAACCGAAAAGGCAAGAGUGGCGAUGGUGCAACUACGUCCAAAUUGAUAAAAUUUGAAAAAGAACUUUCUUUUAUAAUACCAUUUUUUCGCAAUCGAAACCAAAUAUCUAAUGUAACAUUAUCAUCGGAUGAUUCAGAGCCUGGCACACCAAUACCACCACCAUCGACAUCAUCUAAACGUUCUGACCAUUCUGAAGUUGAAUCGCUUGCAAGUACUUCUGGCUCGAAAAAGAGACCACGCUUAAGCAAAGAUGUUGCUACGGUUUUCGAAGAGUAUCUUGAAGAAAAAAGAAAUACUACACCCCGUGACAAGGCAUUACGUAAUUUUUUUUUGUCUAUGUCAGAUACAGUGGAAACAUUCCCAAAAGAAGUCCAAGCACGAAUUAAAAGGCGCGUGUUUAACAUUGUUAAUGAAGCUGAAUUAAGUCUGUAUGAAAAUAGUACAGAUUUGAAUUAUUCUUUGUCUAUAAAUUCACCGCCAUCGACUAAUCAAUCUACUUACCUAGUGUCAAACGAAACCUAUAUUCCUCAAAACUAUCCAGAUCAGACUACUUACGGGUACAAUACCAGCACACAAAAUACAAAAUAAUAAACAAUCAAAAA